UUCUUUUCUUAAUUUUACUGCUUUGUGAUUGGUGAUAGGAAAAGUUACUACAUAGUCCUAACACACCCAAAUAUAUAUGAGCAUAAGGAAUUUCAGAGUCAGUACCACCUAUGUUCAGUUUCAUCCUUAGCCUUUCCAUUCAAACAUUGAAUUAAACCCCCCUCAAUAUUAGAAAAAGUGUGGGAAAAAUGGAAAGGGCAAUUCCUACCAACCUGAAACCAAAAUCACCCAACCUUAGAGAUAGAAAUGCAUCUUUUUUAUCUCCUCGUCCCACACCCCAUCAACCAGACAAAAGUGAACCACACCAUGCUAUGAGGCCUAUUGGAUUUAGAACUCUUGAUCAUGAUUCCACCUCUGAGCAUAGCACUUUCCAUGCACACAAGUACUUCAACCAAGGGACUAACAAUGACAACAUCCAAAAAGUGAACAUCAACAGCAACAGCAGAGUUUCUCCCCUGCUUAACCUGGACACAGAACACAAACACAAUCAAGAACAAGGUGAUAUCACAAAGUCCACAAGGUCAUUCUCCUAUUCUGCUUCAUCAUCACUUGGUGGCUAUGCCAAUGCCAACAUCAACAACUACAAAGCUCAUUCAUUCCAUGUUGCAACUCCAACAACACCUUCUUCUUCUUCAUCUAAGGCCAGUUUAAAUAACAAAGCUGGUUUGUUAUUUCAUCCUCAAACAAGUGCAAUUUCAGUUAACCCUCCUCAAAGCCCUUCUGAUCUCAGCAAGAAAAUCAGAACUUCAUUGUCAAAACCCAUUUGGCUUUUAAGAAGAAAUUGUCCUUGCAAUGAUAAAAAGUCUGUGCAAGUGAAAAAAAACACACCAAAACCCAAAACUCCUGCAACCACACAAACACCACCAACACAACAACCUCAAAUCCUUUCUUCACACAAAGAUUCUAUGAAUCACAAGACACCACAAACAUCCAACAAGGAAGUGAACUCUCAAAGAUUGUUCCAAUUCCAACCUUCCAUGAAUCAAGUUCCAAGGCCCUUAAGUGAAGGCUUCACUUUUCCUUUGUUCUUGGCAACAAACUCCACCACCAAACCUCAGGUUCUUCUCAACGUUGUUCAUGAAGAAGAGGACACACCAUCACGUGAUUCCUUGCAAGUUUUCCAACCUUCAAGCCCCCCCAAGUCACGUGCCAUGGAUGAUGAUGCGGCCAGUGAUGCAAGUUCUGAUCUUUUUGAGAUUGAAAGCUUCUCCACUCAAACUACUACGCUGCCAUACCCCAUCACAACCUCCAUUGCAGAGUGCCAUCAAACAUCGGAAACCUCCGCCAUACACGACUUCUUCUUUGCCGCCGACGCCGGCAAUAAUUUGUGGUGGCGCCGGCGUCUCAGAGACAUUGAGAUGCCACCUCCACCACUUCAAAGUCAAUCAAAUUGAAAGGAAGAAGACUUUACACGCAACUU